GGGAUAGCCUAAUUAACAAAAGAGUAGCCUUAGCAAACAUAGAAUAGUGAUUUGUUAUAAUGUACAAAUGUGUGAUAAAAUAGUUGAGAGUUUGGAUUCUCCUCAUGUUACAAACCAUGUUAUAAGGUAUUCUGACUGUAUGUGUGUUGGCAGUGAGAUGUACCUGCAGUGUGUAUUGUGUGACCUGCUCACUGCUGCUGGCAGACUGCAACAGCCAUCUUGACUAAACUACGGUGGAUGCAGUCUCCAUGGCAACACUACGUUGCAGAAUAAAACCCAGAGAUGACUGUGUUUGCCUCUCAUCCCAAACCCCACCCCCAACAAACUCCCCACUGUCUGCACCAUCUCAGCAGCUCCACACAGUGCACCCACAUUACAGUAUAUUGCCAUCUUUUUUUGUCAUCCUCCUCUUCAUUAGGAUCUACCCAGAACAUAUUCUGACCCAUCCCCCACUCCCCUACAAAUAAACCUUUUAAAGGAAAGAUCCAUUGAGCUUUUGCUUGGGCUAAUUGCUCUGUUAUUCUGUUUCUUGUACAUCUAGAUGAAAAUCUCAUCAAGUGCCCUGAUCUAUACCCCCAAACCACCACCUCACUCCACCCAAAAAACUAUUAUCCACAUCAGUACAAACAGGACUCCCUCCAUCACCUUCCCCCACUCCCUCUCAUUUCCCUGUUGUACUAACAUUACUUUGCGUUUUCCCUUUUUACAGUUAAAAAUACAAGAAACUUGGGCCUUAUGAGGCAAGAUCCAAGAGAAUCUGAUAUGAAACAUGCCGUGAAACUGUCAAGUCACUCAACUACAGUACAUGAUUAUUGCCUGAUUAUUUUAUUCAGCAGUAUAUUCCCAGUGUCUUUGUACUCCAGUAAUUCUUUUCACCCUAUCAAUUCAGACCUUAAAGGCAAUAAACUGCAUCCUUUGUCCUUUUAAGGGAACUGGGCGGUAUUUAAGGAAGCCAAACCCCUUUGCACCAGACAGACUGUUCCCCUCAGUCAGUUCCUGAGAUUUCAACUGUUUUGCAUAUUCCCUACCCCCUCCAUAUGCUAUUGGGUUCUUCAACUCCUCCCAUCGGCCGUCUGACCAAUGCUGCAUGUAAGCCACUCCCCUAACGUCCUCCUUUCCCUUCUCCUCUUCCUUACUGUCCCCUUCUUCUCCCAGACAGACCCUGCCCUUUCCUUUCUGUCGCCGGGUCUGUGGAUUUUGCUGGAGAGGAUUGGGACGCUGACAAUGGGAAGCUUUCUCUCCGGCCUGCAAUGCUGACACUCCAAUCCCUCCUGCUGGGUAUUCAUGUUAAGCGGUCCCUGUGCCUCCUUUGAAUGUCCGUUAUUAUGGCUAAGCGUGAGACCGGCAGCACCAGCCCUGUGGUCAGGCAGAUAGACAAGCAGUUCCUGGUCUGCAGCAUCUGUUUGGACCAUUACCACAACCCCAAGGUCUUGCCCUGCCUGCAUACCUUCUGUGAGAAAUGCCUUCAGAACUACAUCCCUCCCCAGUCCUUGACGCUGUCCUGCCCAGUUUGCAGACAGACCUCUAUCUUGCCGGAGAAGGGUGUGGCAGCCCUGCAGAACAACUUCUUCAUCACAAACCUAAUGGAGGUGUUACAGCGAGACCCAGAGUGCAGCCGACCUGAAGCCUGUAAUGUUCUUGAGUCAGCCAGUGCAGCUACAGCCUGUCAGCCCCUCUCUUGCCCCAACCACGAGGGCAAGGUGAUGGAGUUUUACUGCGAGUCAUGUGAAACAGCCAUGUGUCUGGAGUGUACAGAAGGAGAACACAGGGAACAUGUGACAGUUCCUCUGAGGGAUGUGCUGGAACAGCAUAAGUCAGCGCUAAAGAAUCAGCUGGACACUGUGCGCAACAGACUACCUCAGCUGACGGCUGCCAUUGAGCUUGUGAAUGAGAUCUCCAAGCAGCUCACAGAGCGGAAAAAUGAGGCAGUGACUGAAAUCAGUAACACUUUUGAUGAGCUGGAGAAGGCCUUACACCAACGCAAGACUGCUCUGAUUACUGAGGUGGAAAACAUCUGCAGCUCUAAGCAGAAGGUGCUUCAAGCCCAGCUGACCUCUUUGCUUCAGGGCAAAGAAAACAUUCAAAGCAGCUGCAACUUCACAGAGCAGGCCCUGAGCCAUGGCAGUGCCACUGAGGUCCUGUUGGUGCAGAAGCAGAUGGGUGAGCGGGUCAGUGCUCUGGCACGACACACCUUUCCUGAGCAUCCCCACGAAAAUGGACAUCUGGAAUGCCAGGUGGAGACGGAUGGACUGAGACGCUCCAUUCAGAACCUGGGAGUCCUGAUCACAACAGGGACUGUAGGCCACACUAGUGUUGCCACUGGUGAAGGCCUGCGACAUGCACUGGUCGGCCAGCACACCACUGUCACAGUCACCACUAAAGACAAGGAUGGAGAACUCGUGAAAACUGGUAACGCUGCUCUGAGGGCAGAGAUCAUCUCUGCAGAUGGAGUGUGCACCGAAGCAGAGGUGACAGACAACAAGAAUGGCACUUAUGAGGUUGGAUAUACCAUUCGCUCAGAGGGAGAAUUUACCUUCUCUCUGCUGCUUUAUGAGCAGCCCGUGAGGGGUAGUCCGUUCCGUUUGCGAGCCGUCAAGCCUUCAGAUGUCCUGCAGUCGCCAGACGAUGUGAAGAGAAGAGUGAAGUCUCCGAGUGGAGGAGGAGGUCAUGUUCGACAGAAGGCUGUGCGCAGACCCUCCAGCAUGUACAGCACCACAAAGAAAAAGGAAAACCCAAUAGAGGAUGAGCUGAUCUAUAGAGUGGGAUCAAGAGGGCGAGAUAAAGGAGAAUUCACUAACCUACAAGGCAUCUCCACCUCCAAUAAUGGACGUAUUGUGGUGGCAGACAGCAACAACCAGUGCAUACAGGUAUUCUCCAACGAUGGACAGUUCAAGAUGAGGUUUGGGGUCAGAGGCCGUUCACCAGGGCAGCUGCAGCGUCCCACAGGCGUCACAGUGGACAUGAACGGUGACAUUAUUGUAGCUGAUUAUGACAACAGGUGGAUUAGCAUCUUCUCCUCGGAUGGCAAGUUUAAGAACAAAAUCGGAGCUGGAAGAUUGAUGGGACCCAAAGGUGUGGCUGUGGACAAGAAUGGACAUAUCAUCACAGUUGAUAAUAAGGCCUGCUGUGUCUUCAUCUUCCAAUCAAAUGGAAAGCUGGUGACAAAGUUCGGAGCCAGAGGAACAUCAGAUAGACACUUUGCAGAAAAAAGUGGUGCAAACAUUGCACUGGAACAAAAGCUUAGUAAAUCUGGCCCUGUUUUCAGUCCUCACUUUGUGGCCGUAAAUAACAAAAAUGAAAUUGUGGUCACAGACUUUCAUAACCAUUCAGUCAAGGUGUACAAUGCAGAUGGGGAGUUCCUGUUUAAAUUUGGCUCCCAUGGGGAGGGGAACGGCCAGUUCAAUGCUCCAACAGGCGUGGCUGUUGAUGCCAAUGGCAAUAUCAUUGUUGCUGAUUGGGGCAACAGUCGGAUCCAGGUGUUCGACAGCUCAGGGUCCUUCCUGUCCUACAUCAACACAUCAGCGGACCCCCUUUAUGGUCCCCAGGGCCUGGCUCUUACAUCUGAUGGUCAUGUGGCGGUGGCGGACUCGGGGAACCACUGCUUUAAGGUCUACCGCUACCUGCAGUAGAGACCUGAGACAGCCAUCUUCAUCACUGCAAGUACUGACAACGACACAACCAAUGUAUUCCACAAGGUGCAAUGACCUUUCCAGUACAGCCUUUUGAUGUGCACAUCAGCUGAUCUCCCGGAUAUAAUUAACUGCCUGAGUUUACCCUCCUUAAGAUGUGUAUUGAGGGUUGUUUUUAAAAGUUGGAUAAUGUAGCAUCCUUGGGACAAGUAAUGGACAUAAACUAAGGACUGGUUUAGAAAACAUGUGAAGACAUUUUUGUGUGUUGUACACUAUUGAUGGUAUUAUUAAACCACACUUUCUGUGAGACCGGACAGGGUAGGAUAUAGAUUGAAGUAUUUAAUGAGCCAUAACUUGUCCAAAUGCAUGACGUUUUAUUUUAUCUUUACACCUAGGAAACAACACCGUGUACCCACCGGUUGCUUUUCUCAUGACCUAGUUAAUGCUUAAAGUGAUAUGAACAGCGCUACGCUUUUCCAGCAAUGAAAUGUAAAACUUCUCAUUUACUGACAUCUCACAUAAAAAUGUCACCACCAUCUGUGCAUUGAUUUGCUGUAUGUACUGUAUAUACAUAAAUGUAUAUUGUGUAUAUUAGAUCACUCCGUAUGUAUGUGCUAUGAUUUUAAACACAAAGCCUUUUGGCUUCAGAGAGCAGCAGUCAAGGAUUCCAGGAUUUAAACGUGUGUAUAUGGCAGCUGUUACAAAGUGUGCUUUUCAAACAUACCCAGCACAUGCUUCAAAAAAGAAGAUUGUCAUAUUUAUUGCUAAUGUAAGCAGCACAAUAAUCUGUUUUUGUUAAUAUCUGUUGUUUAAAAAGGAAAAAAAAAAAGCUAAUUUAUUUUAUUUUAUACACUAGCUCAGCAUUUACAAAUUAUUUUUCUAAAUUGAUGUGCUUUUUUUCUUUGGAGCUUCACAAUUUAUCCCUACCUUAGGGGAAAUUUCACCCUAAAGCAGAAUUCAGUAUCUCCCCCACAUCUGGAAAAAAAUGAUCAGUGUUUUUGCACAUGAGCAGCUCUUUUUCAAAGCUACAAAACCAUCUUUUGUGUUCAUUUAUGAUGCCAUUAGAAAAAAGUUUUGUAGGUUUUCUUUUCAUAAUUAAUGGCUAUAACGAUAUGGGUUUGUGGAAUGAUUGCUUUGCCUUUAAUAAUUAAAAAGCUUUAUUCUUUGAAGUGCUAACAGUUACAAACCAGAAAUAAAACACAUAUCUCAGGAAAUCCAUCCAAAUUAGAUCACCAUGUCAACAACUUUUUUUUUUCUUUUCGAUGCUAUCAGAUUUGGGAGAUGUUGGGAGCUUUGUAAGAAAACUGAUAAUUUGUGCAAAUGUAGUCUUGGUCCACAGAAAUGAUUGGGAUGGAAUAUGAAUUCUGUUUUACAGUGGUUAUUUUUCUUCUGUUUUUGGCUUUCACAUAGUAAACCAUUAAAAAAGGAUUAAAUGAUGGUUUAUUAGAUGAUGUUUGUCAGCAAACUCAUCCACGCUUUAUUAUACACUCGCCGAUGACACUGUUGUGAGCGAUCUAAAGAAACACCGUUAGAUCUGAGUUUCUGCCUGCACUACUGUGCAUCAAGCCAUGACUCCAAAUGAAAACUUGCUCCCCCUGGUGUUCAUUCUGUGUAAUUUCAUAAGGAAACCUGGUGCCACAGCAGAAGAGAGACCAGCUGCAGGAAGAAGGUGACUUCCUGGUUUGACAUAAUUACCCACAGCACUGUGCUAAAUAAACAAUCACACUCACCUUCCCCAGUGUAGAGAUUUUCUGAGCUGCAGGAUAUUACCCAAUUUCACUGGUGAAAUCAACCAGGAAGCUGCUGUUUCUCAUGCACCUGAUCUGUUGUUUGACUUGUUGCCAAACAGGAGCCCAGACAUCUUCAGAGUCCAAGGCUCACCUUUUACAGAUGUGUCUGAAGCAUUUUACCCUACGCUGUGUCACAACCAUACAAACAAUUUUGUUUUCUCUAUGAAUAUGCACUGGUAAUAAAAGCACAUGGUUUACUGA